GUAAUGCGCCUUUAAGGGAACUCGGAAGUGCUUGUUAAAACCGGAACUACAGACUUCCCAAUGUGACUUACCUUGAAAACACUGUUAUGAUUUAAUGCUGUCAGUCUAGUGGUAUAAAGCCUACGAAAUGUUUCUAACAGCCGCAAAUUUGGCCAAGGCUAAAUCAAAGACCGUCUUGGUGCAGAUGAUGAGCGCUGCAGGGACAGGCUUCUUCUUCAACACAAAGAGGGGCCGUCUCAAGGACAAAAUGGUGAUGCGCAAACAUGAUCCAUUUGUGAACAAGCACGUGCUAUUCUUCGAGAAGAGGAAGAUCAAAUCGAUUUAAUAAGCAGCCAAAAAUAAAUGGACAACAUGAUCCUGCUCGAUUUAAACUGACUUUUUUUGUAUUGACAUGGAUUACACAAAGUUUUUCCUCAGUCCACAUUUCUGUUCCGCUGGAUCUCGUGUGAACAGAGGGUCUCCUAUGGGAUCUGUCAAAAGGCCUCCAACCCACUGCACCAGUGACGCAAGCCUGGCUGAAAAUCUUCAAGAAGGAACUACAACUCGUGUGUAAAAGUGAUGCCAUUAAUCUGGGCUAUGCAGUAUCAUUGAUAACAGUUCAAUAAGGUUUUUAGGACCUUUACAUGUAAGCCAAGUACCUGAAUCCAGCUGUUUGUUAAAUAUUAACUAUUUGGAAAAAUUAAAUACAUUUAAUCAACUUUGUGUAGUACAAGCUAUGUGUUAAGAUGUUAAUCAAUUAUUAAACUGUUAACAACUAUUGAGAUUCUCUUUUGUAAGUAGACUUACCAACGUCACACAUGCACUUUUGAAAGUAAAAUGAAUCGGCUUUAUAUAAAACAUUUGUUUCCAAACAGGUCCAUUUCAGACUUGUUACAUUAUCACUGGUGUUUACUGGCUGCUCUCAAAACAGUUCAGCUGGCAGGUGCUUUUUCAAGGGGUACGAUGUCUGCGUGCCAACAGUCUGCACGCUCACUCCUGCCACCUGAUUGGCUCUGCACGCCAUCUCCUCCAGAGGCAUUGUGGGAUAAUGGGCCAUGUAAAAUGCCAGCGCUCCAAUAAAGCUGUCUCCAGCACCCUGUGAAGAAACAA